AUCCACCUUGCCACCAAUCCCGUACUCUGUAGCUACUUCCCGAACGUGUAUCGAAAGGUAUUACAAGGUCCGCUGGAGUCUGCAUGACGGCCCCGACGGCGAUCCGUUCCAGCUGCAUCGUUUGCCAGGCCAGCAGGCGUCGGUUCCUGUUUGCACAGGUCGCGCAUCGACAACGAUGCUACUCCCAGGUCGCCCCACCGUCCCAACCAGACGUCUCUUCGAACGCAAAUCACGACAUUUUGUUCUGCGGAUCCGAUCAGUUCGCACAUAUCAUCCUGGCCAGGCUCAUCCAGGCGAAGGAGCUGUACCGUUCCCUACAUGUGUUGACCUCUCCAGGCGUCAAUGAUUUCCAAUCAUGGGGCGGCUCUCGCAUGAAGACCUCAACGGUCAAAGCGCUAGCGCAAGAGCACAGCGUGGCGCACCAUAUCAUCCCAAAAGCAGGCAUUGAGCACUUCACCUUACCCUUCUCGUCAGCAUCUUCCAGGGGCCACCAAGAAAACUCCUCGCCUUUGCUCGUUACCGCCUCCUUUGGCCACUUCCUUCCGCCCUCAUUCCUGAACACAUUCACAUCCCAGACAGGCGUCAACGGCGGUAGCAGUCGAGCGCUGAACGUGCAUCCUUCGCUCUUACCUCAUCUGCGCGGUGCGGCGCCCAUCCAGUGGGCGAUCGCGCGCUCGGAGGAUGCUGCAGCAGACGUCCACGCGGCGGAGAGGACGGCUUCGUCGGUCGGCGUGACGAUCCAGGAGCUCAGUGUCGUCGGAUUCGACCGGGGCCGAAUACUCCUGCAGCUGCCAUUUGCGCUGCAGCCGCACAGUCCUCCUGGCGAACCACCGACGUCGAUCGCAUGGACAUACGCAACGCUAAUGCCGUUACUGGCGCACCUCGGCGCAGAUGCGCUGCUGCGAGUCCUGCGCGAUCUCGAUCGGUGCGCGAGCUACGCAACGCCGCAGGAUGACGCGCUAGCGACGUAUGCACCCAAAUUACGCUCAGACAAGCACGGCGUCGUGCAAUGGACCAAGUGGAGCGCUAGACGCAUCGAGGCACGGUGGAGAGGCUUUGGACACCACUUCCCCUUCUCGACUAUGCUCCAUCCAGCACCAGAAGCAGUGCAACGAGGCGCGUUCAAGCCGACGAGCAUGUCGUUCCACGACCUCGACCUCAUUACUGCACGCGAGCUCAAUAAGCAUGAGCCGUACUUGGCCGCCGUGCUGCGGGACGAGAGCUCGCAGCCUGGCCACGCGGUCUUUUGCGCUGAACUUCCUGCUUCGGCACGCCCCACGGUUCUGCCAGCAGAUAGCGAGGCGAAGGACAAGAUCGCGCACGCUUCUUCAAGAGCGAGCUCAGACUCCCCAUCAGCAGCGCUCCUCAUCCGGUGCGCUCCCAGCUCUGUCUCCUCGUCCUCGUUUCCGUCUCCGCCGACAUCCAUUUCAAGUAGUGCAAUAAGCGCACGUGUCGACGAAGCUGAAGCAUUUCUCGUCGUCCGCGAGACGCGGCUACCCGGCAAGAAGCGGCGCCGGAUCGACCGCGAAUGGUGGAACGGUUUUCGGGACCGGGCUGAUGCGCGCGGCCGGCUGCGCUUCGCAUCGUCUUGAUCCACUUGUCAGUUAAGAGACGCACGAUCGAAAGCUCAC